AUGGUGGAGAGGAAUAAGGCUUGUGUGGUUGUUCUUUUGGAGACCAUAACUAGUAGUGUGAUCAGUAGCAAGCUUUUGAAGAAGGUUAAGUUUGAAAAGAUUGAUCUUGCUAGCAGUAAGAGUUUUUUAUGUACUGCGGUUUAUGCAAAUCCCAAUGAGGUUAUUAGACAUGCUAUGUGGGAGGAAAUCAUGCAAAUCAGUUCAUCAGUUAAUGAGCCUUGGAUUGUGGGGGGUGACUUCAAUGAUAUAAGUGAAAAAAAAGGGGGCUCCAGGCCUGAUUUAGCAAAUUGUAGUAGAUUUCAGCAGUUCCUAGAUGCUUGCAGAAUUGAGGAUAUUGGUGGCUUGGGUUCUAAAUUUACUUGGCAGGUUCCUAAAUGGCAUAAUUUAGACAGGGUCUAUAAGAAGUUGGACAGGGUUUGUGCCAAUGUUCUUUGGAGAAUGUCUUUUGAAGAUGCUGAUGUAAGGAUCUUACCUAGAAUAUUGUCUGAUCAUAAUCCUUUGGUAUUAUCUAUUCUAAAGCCUGUGAAGCAGUGGGUUACUAGGCCGUUUAGAUUUCUGGCCACUUGGUUGAACCAUCCAUGUUUUGGUAGCUUUAUGGAUGUCAAUUGGAAUGCUAAUCUUCCGGUUAAUAGUAUGUUGUUGAAUCUUAUCUUCCCUCUUAAGAUUUAG